GCCUGCUUCUGGACAUGGCGUCCAAAUGGAGUUUUCACUGAGUGUUUGAGUUAUACAGAAACCAUGGUUCGACUGACCCUGGAUUUAAUUGCCAAAAACAGCAACCUUAAACCCAGAAAAGAAGAAACCAUUGCACAGUGCCUGAAGAAAAUAACACACAUAAAUUUUUCAGACAGAAAUAUAGAUGCGAUUGAUGACCUCUCUCAUUGCAAAAACCUGAGUGUUUUGUAUUUAUAUGAUAACCGCAUUAGUCAUGUCACUAACCUGAAUUACACCACAAAUCUCACCCACUUGUACCUGCAGAACAAUUGCAUUUCCUGCAUUGAGAACCUCAGGUCACUAAAGAAACUGGAAAAACUAUAUCUGGGAGGCAAUUAUAUUGCGGUCAUAGAAGGUUUGGAAGGAUUAGAAGAACUGAGGGAGCUUCACGUUGAAAGUCAGAGGCUUCCCCUGGGAGAAAAGCUUCUGUUUGACCCAAGGACUCUUCGUUCUCUGUCAAAAUCCCUCUCUGUUUUGAAUAUCAGCAACAAUAAUAUUGAUGACAUAAGAGACUUAGAAAUGCUGGAGAAUCUUAAUCACCUGAUCGCAGUGGACAACCAGCUGAUGCACGUGAAGGACUUGGAGCCUUUACUGAAAAAACUGAUGAAGCUGUGGAAAAUGGAUCUGAAUGGAAAUCCUGUUUGUCUUAAACCAAAAUACAGGGACAAACUGAUACUGAUGUCCAAGUCGCUGGAAUAUCUUGAUGGAAAAGAAAUAAAAAAUAUGGAAAGGCAAUUCCUAAUGAAUUGGAAAGCAUCCAAAGAUGCCAAGAAAGUCAGUAAGAAAAGGAGCAGCAAGAGUGAGGAGCCAAGCAACUCCUACCUAAGUAACUUUGAAACAAUCCAUCACAUAGUUCCUGUUUGUUACCCACAGGUGGGUAAUCCAAAAGUAGUCUUUUUCUCUGAUGUACAGAGAUACCUUGUACACAGAAAUGCAUCGUCAGGAUGUUCCCAAGAAGAUAAAACUAAAGUUGCUGAAGACAUAGGGAAUCUGUCCUUGGAGGAAUCUGAAAGCUUGCUAACAAAAAAUGAUAUCCACGAACCUCAUCUUCUCCGAAACUCAAAGUAAAAGAACAUUUGUAUGAAGAAAAGGAGUAAAUUCAGCCUCACGUGAUUUGAUUUCCUC